CAGGCUCUUUUCAGGACUUUUGUUGGACAUUUUCAGGACAAUAAAAAUAGCCAUGGAAAGCUUCAUAAAGUUAUUUCUUCUUACAGGUCAGUGUUUCUCCAAACACACAUUAAGUCUUCUCAGUUUUGUUGGAUUGGUCUUUUCUAAUGCAGAUUAAAAAAUCACAUUCUGGUAACAUUUACAACUCAUUUCUUUUUGUUUAUUUCCCUUCUCUGUAGGAGCAUGUUCUCUGUUUCUGUGUGUGUGUCCGUAUCAAUACAGAUUAUUUCAAAGCCCAAAAACCUGGGCCGACGCUCAGAGCUACUGCAGAGAGAAAUGUGUUGACCUGGCCACCAUGGAGGACCUGGACGAGAUGAAUAUAGCUCUUAAAACUGUGGGAGAUAACUACACCGAUGCUGUAUGGAUUGGGUUGUGGAGAGGCAGAACCUGGAAGUGGUACUGGUCUCUGGCAUACAACAAUUUAUACAAGGAGGGAGAAAGAAACUAUAUGAUAUUAAAAUCUUCAGGUGGUGAUAACUGUGCAGUUUACAGAAAUGGGCUAGUUCAAAGCGCUUGUACGUACAAGAUCCCUUUUGUCUGCUUUGACAGAACAAGACAAGGAGCAGAUCAGUACAUCCUCUCGAAUGAGCAACUGGCUUGGACUGAAGCUCGGGACGUCUGCAGAACAAACUUCACAGACCUGGUCAGUUUAAGGAACGAUGCAGAACAUCAGAUGGUCCAGGAAUUAACCAGUGGACAGACAGUGUAUCUGGGUCUCUUUAAAGACCCCUGGGUGUGGUCAGACAUGAGUGACUCCUCACUGAGGUACUGGAAGAAAAGCCAACCAGUCAACGUUGGAGGUACUGACAACUGUGUUGCAAUGUUGAAGAUGGAAUCUGGUCGAUGGGGAAACAGGAACUGCAACGAAACACACCCAUUCCUCUGCAAAUGCAGUGAGUAAAGAUUUUAGCCAGUUCAACCUUUACGUUCAUCAUGAAAUGAUGAUUCACUUACAGACAAAACAAUGUUUUUCUUGGUUGUUUUUGUUUGUUUUUUCGUCACGAUAGAAACCAAGCAGUUCAUCAAACUGAGGAUCAGCACACAAGCCCCAAUGUUGGCUCUAAAUGACCCUGCAGUGCAAAACAGCAUCCUGGAGCAGAUAAGGUUCAAGCUGAAUCAGACCGGAGCUGAUGCCGUCCAGCUGCUCUGGAGAAGCACUUCUGAUGGAAAAGUUUUCAUCAAGGACUCUGUUGGAAAUAGACCAUAGGAAGAAAAUAUGAUGAUUUGAGCACCAGCUAAAUGUAAACAUUUAAUUAUUAGAGAGUAUAUUUUGUAUAAAAGAAUAGACUUCAAAACAUAGAUAGUGAUGUUUUUGUUCAACAGAAUGCAUGAAUAAAUUCUGAAUUAAAUGUGUUUUGUGAUGCUAGAAUAAUGUAAUUUUACUCACUGCUCGAUAUUUAGGAAUCUACAAUUAUAGACCUAAUAUACAGUAUAUGCUUUAAAAGCACUCUUUAUGCACUGUUAUUGUGUAAUUAUUGUUUUGCUGUUUGUUUUGUGUGCAGCACUUUGUACAGCAAUUGUCAUUAAAUGUUCUAUUCAAAUAAAUGUGAUUUGAUUUGG